AUGAGCAGCAACGUGAAGCAAGAGCAAGGAAAGUCCACAGCUGGCAAAGAGGGAUCGCCCUUAAAUGUAUUUGAAGGGGGAAUUUCGAGUUCUGAGGAUAUAUCAUCAUUAGCAACACCAACAUUAGCGACGCCACAAUUGAGUACACCAGCCCCAGAGGACUCAGAAGACGGAGAUAACGGGAAAGGGGCGGAGAGGGAAAAGCACAAAGUGGAAGAAAAGACCGGGAUACAUUCACAAAGUGAGCUGAAGAAGGGAAAAGAUGCAAAAGCAGUAAAAAGUGCUGGAAAUGGCAAACAGGUGGACCCAGAGGCACUAACAGAUGCCGUGGCAGCAGCCGGAGUGAAUUUGAGGAUGGAGGAGGAGCAGGCUAUGGCGGGAAGCUCCGGGUUGUCCGUUUCAAGAAAGCAAGUGCACCGAAACCACUUUUUAAAACCUCAACAACUAGCGUGGUUUAUGGCAAGGGCUAUGGAGGAUCAGGGAAUGCGGACAAGCGGGUUCGAUCCCGAGUUGAUUAACCUCAUGUCUGCCGCCUGCGAGUCGUAUAUGAAUGGGCUGGUAACGGAUACAGUACUGAUGUCAAGACACAGAAGACGAGGUGUGAAAAUCAGGCGGCAUCAGUCGAUAUCCGGGUCGAAAUCAGAUAUAUCACGUGCAUUGAGGGAUAUAGCGAUCAAGCAGAAGCUCAUGGAGGAGAAGCGGAGUCAAAGGAGGGUUGCUCUGGGCUUGGAUGAGGAAAAAAAAGAUGAAGAGACUGAAGAACAGACACAGACAAACCUUACGGCGUCUCUGAUGAUGUCAGGAUCGAUGAAAAAACGAUAUUCUUGGAUGCAGACUUCAAAUUCACGCCAUACACCGUUGGGGUCACGUGGUGAUAACGGUAUCCGGUACCGGGAGGCUCGGGAGGAACCCGGAAUUGUAACGAGAGAUGUGUUGGCAGCUAUAGAAAACCGCAGAAUGGGAGUAGCAUCGACAAUAGUGAAGGGAUAUGCGAAGUUGAGGGAUUGA